AUGAAGACCAGUGCUCAAGCAGUCUUUUCUAUGGCUAUCCCAGCCCUACUGCUUCUCCUGCUGGUUAGCUUCUUCACCUUUGACCUGCUCCACAGGUAAAUGGCACUGUCACCCUCUCUUCCCACAGGCCAUAGGUCCCACCAUACCACUUCUCUCAGUGAGCCAGAUUCAGGGGCUGGUGAAGGCCCAGGACAGCAAGAAGCUUCACUUUUCCCACUAGUGGUCCCAGGACUACUCUACUUCCAAAAGACACGGCUCCUGCUACUUCUGGGCCUGGGGCUGCUCCUGGGAACCUAG